AUGAAACCCUUGGUAUACUUUGCCAAAACUGACUUUCAACAUAUUCCUCUGAAUAAACUAAUAUACCAUUUUGGAGUGCAUGUCAAAAAUGCUUUAGAACUAGUAGAAAGAAGAACUCUAACUAGCAUAAAUCCAGAGGAAGUUAAAGUGACUUGGAAGUCAUUCAGAUAUUGGCUGGAAACCAACUCCAGAAUCAUGGAAUCAUAUGGCCUUAUUGAAGCUGCCAAGAAGAACAAAACUUGGGAAGAAGCUACCACAAAGGUUCUCCUCUUACCUGCUCCAAAACCAGAAGUUGUGCUUGCCUUAAAAGUUAUCCCUUCAUCUAGUACUUCUGAUAAUGCGUUAGCAAUGGUAAACUUUCAACCCUCUUGCUCUGAAGUGAAGCCUGUUAUCAACGUUGAAAAGGAAAUCAAUGGGCUGAAGGAAACUUUGGAAAAAGUCCAAGAGACCAAUCAACAUAUCCAAGAACGUCUGGACAAAAAUGAAGAAAACUGA